GUCUGGAAUUUCCCACGCGUGCAACCUGAUCUCAAAGUCCGUCUUCAACUGGAGCCACGAGAAACGAAAAUGUAGCGGAUCUGAGCGAGUGGGGGCCCUGGGUUUGGGGGAAACCCAGCGCGGGAGUUUCCCAAGGCUGACUUUCCCAAGGCUCCUCUUCCUUUCCCAGCCUUUGGGGCGACCAAGGCAGGAGCGCCACAAGGAGAAGGUGGGAGGGAAAGCAGGCAGUGGGCGAGGAAAGGCAGCCCUCCUCCUCCCCCUCUAGACCCAGUCAGGAUGUGACAUCACUGGUGGGGCAGAGCGAGAGAGAAGAAGGCAGGGAGUUUCUUUCAUGAAAUCCCCAGCGAAGGGCUUGCCUUGUGGAGCAACUUGAAGCCCUCGAGCUCCUGGUCGCGCCUUCUCAGUUCCACCUUGGCUGGAGGAACCUGCUCUUGCACCGUUUCUACAAGGAGUUAUCAUUCAUUUGUAUACUUUAAUUUUUUUGCCUUUGGAAAAUAUAUUUCUGAAGUCAUUUUGUUUCACAUUUAUGUGGCCUUGGAAAGCAUCCUUGUCCUUGCCACCCUGGCUGGGUCCAGCCCAGAAUGGCUUUGUGCCUUAAACAAGUUUUUAACAAAGACAAAACAUUUCGACCUCGGAAGAAAUUUGAGCCAGGUACCCAGCGGUUUGAGCUGUACAAGAAAGCCCAGGCCUCUCUCAAGUCAGGACUAGACUUGAAGGCUGUUGUCCAGCUGCCCCCAGGGGAGAACAUCAAUGACUGGAUCGCAGUGCAUCUUGUGGACUUUUUUAACCGGAUAAAUCUCAUCUAUGGGACUAUGUCAGAGUUCUGCACUGAGAAGACCUGUCCCAUCAUGUCAGGUGGCCUCCGGUAUGAGUACCGGUGGCAGGAUGACUACAGAUUCAAGAGGCCAACCAAGCUCUCUGCCCCCCAGUAUAUGUGCAUGCUGAUGGACUGGAUAGAGACACUGAUUAAUAAUGAGGAUAUCUUUCCUACCAGGAUAGGUGUUCCUUUCCCCAAGAAUUUCCAGCAAGUUUGCACCAAGAUGCUCACUCGCCUCUUCAGGGUCUUUGUCCAUGUCUAUAUCCACCAUUUUGACAGCAUCAUCAGCAUGGGUGCAGAAGCUCAUGUCAACACCUGCUACAAGCACUUUUACUACUUCAUCACUGAAUUUAGUUUGGUUGACCAAAGGGAAUUAGAGCCUCUGAAGGAAAUGACAGACAGGAUAUGCCACUAAGACCUGUUCAUCAGUCUUGCAAGAACAAACUGUUCUGUGAUUGACAAGAUGAUGAUCCAGUGACCUGCCACAAGGAAUUCAGGGAGCUUCCUGUUGUAAGAACUAAGAUUUCAUUUUAUUGACACAUAUGGAAACUGUCCACAUGGAUUCCUUUCUUCUCCUGUCCAUCACUCAGUGUUAAUUCCAAACUCCUGAGGCUCACCUCCUUCCACGUUGACUGCCUCACAUCUUAAAGGGGAUCAGAAAAUAAAUGAUGGAAAUAGUUCAAGUGAAGGAACAUUCCUGCAUUAAUACUUGGCAAGGAAACCAAAUAAUCAGCAAUGACAUUGUUUUGUACAGCAUGGAAGUAAACGUCAAAAAAGAAUUUCAUUGUUUUUUAAGAAUGAUUGAUUUUUUUUAAAAAAAAACUAUGACAUAUUUUAACAUGAAUAAAUGAUUUCAGCUAGAUAAACAGGA